UGAUCCUAUAUGCCUUCUUGACACUAUUGAUGAGUUGCGGGAGCAAAUAGACUACUACACCAGUCCUGCACCACCCCGACAUUGGAUACACAUGCCGCACUCCGGGUUAAUCUUUGCAACAUUAUACCAGGUUAUUUUAGUGCAUCUUGACCUCCACGAACCAGUCACUUGUUUGCCCAUGAUCGCUCCCCCGGGUAGUAGUCCUCCGAAGAAUUUUUUUUGCAUUGCCCGGCUUCAUUCCCAACAACACUACAUAGCUGUUUGGCUUGACGACAAUGCUCCGUUGCCAUCAGUGAUUACGACAUGGUCUUAUUAUCACGACGCUAGUGUUGCAGGAUGGGAUACUCCACUUCUUCAUCGAAUUAAACAAUUUACAGAAUGUCG